UAGGCUACAGCACAAGUAGAAGAAAAAAAUCCCUCUACAAGCUUUUCCGGUCUGCUAGCCUUAAUUUCCUCUAAAGACGUCUCUCGCAGAGAGGAGAGGAGGACGCACACAGGCAGACUGACAGACCAACGGUUGGAGUUGCACCGGCGGUCACCGAGAAGACUAAUCUUCACUCUUAUCUUGUACCGAAGGAGAGGGUUUCUUUAGGAGGGGCAUGAACCGCGGAGCAGUGCUUCUCGGCGGCCUGUGCCGGGAAAUGUGUCCGCCGUGGGUGUGAGGGAGAGUGGAAUGGUCUGCCUGGACGGAACGCACUGGUCUCGUACGGCCGCUCCAGUCUCCGGUAUCCACGCGCUCCCGACUGCGCCAACCGAGCGCCGCUCGGUCCAUAGCGGUGUGAUUUGUUUCACAGACCGCCUCAAAAACAUUGGGCAGCCCACUUGUCUUUUAACGGUUACAUAACUGAAACUGAAUGUAUGUGUCGCUCCCGUAACCCGGACUGAUUCUCAGGCGGGGAGGCAGAGGUGUGUGUGACACUGUGUGUGUGCGCCUGUGCUGGAUCCAGGGGCAGGGCUGUCUGUCUGUCUGUCUGUAACCGAUCUACCCGCCGAGUGGACCGGACUGGACUGGUUGUACUACUGCAUUAAUUAACCACGGGCCAGCCCAACGUGAACCCUGGGUGGAAACCCGAGUCCAACGGGCAAUGAGGGGAACAGCUUUGCCUCUCUUUUUUUCUCUGGCCCUCGGUCUGAUCUUUCUGUGUUUCUGCCAGAAGCAUCUGGAAAGGAUAACACGGGGAUCCAUCCACUCCCCCAGAAAGUAGACUGGAGAAUAAAUCACAUCCUGGAUGGAGGAACAUCCUAACUUCUAGAAAUGAUGGAUACAGUUGUCUCGAAUUCCAGCUUCAUGCUCAUGGACUACUGCUAAUUUUAGAGUACGUUGAGACUACACAUGCAGUGAAGAUGUGUGCUGCCAGGUUCAGUAGCAGCAGUAGCGUCAACGGCUGUGGGGGCGUUGGGGACCGGGAUGAGACCACUACGAAUGGACCCGGUACGGGCCCGGCCACCACAUCCCGCAUGCUGGACUGGUCCGAGGAGGGCACCCGCAUCCUCCACAGCCUGGAGAUUGGAACGGUCAUGACCGUGUUCUACCAGAAGAAGUCCCAGCGACCGGAGAGGAGGACCUUCCAGAUACGACAGGACACUAGACAGAUAGCGUGGAGCCGCAACCCUGACAAGAUAGAGGGAGAGAUUGAUAUCACGGAGAUCAGGGAGCUGAGGUUGGGUAAAUGUUCCCGGGACUUUGAGCGUUAUCCAGAGGAGGCUCGUAAAUUAGACUCCGCCCACUGCUUCAUCGUGCUCUACGGACUGGAGUUCCGCCUCAAAACACUCAGCGUGGCCGCCUUCAGUGAGGAGGAGGUCAAUAUGUGGAUCACUGGACUCAACUGGCUGAUGAUGGAUACUCAGAGAGCCUCAGCACCACAACAGAUAGACAGGUGGCUGAGGAGACAAUUUGAGGUGAUGGACAGGAAUCGUGAGGGAAGUAUCACAGUAAAGGAUGUGAAGGCCCAUUUACCUCAUAUCAACUACAGAGUCCCCAACAUGCGCUUCCUCAAAGACAAGCUACAGGAAGUGGAAGCCAGGUGUGAUCUCUCCUUCCCUCACUUUGCUCAGCUCUACAGAACAUUGAUGUUCGACGCACAGAGGAGUAUCACUGAGCAGCUGGAGCUCUCCUUCCCCCUCCGGAAUGUGGACAGACCAGAGCUGUGUCAGAUCUCUUUUUACGACUUCCAGAAGUUUCUACAGCUGGAUCAGAAGGAGUCGUGGGCGUCGGACCUGAGCCGCGUCAGAGAGUUCCUAAUGGGCUACCUGAGGGGUGGAGCACAGACCGAACCUAUGCUACAGCUAGAUGAGUUCCUGACGUUCCUGUACUCCAAGGAGAACUCAUUGUGUAACCCUCGACCUGCUGUUGUUGUCUCUGACGACAUGAAGAGACCCCUGUCUCAGUACUGGAUCUCCUCAUCACACAACACGUAUCUGACAGGUGAUCAGUUCUCCAGUGAGUCAUCUCUAGAGGCCUACGCUCGUUGCCUGAGGAUGGGCUGUCGCUGCAUAGAACUUGAUUGCUGGGAUGGGCCCGAUGACCUGCCAAUCAUCUACCAUGGCCACACUCUCACCUCCAAGAUCAAAUUCCUGGACGUGCUGCACACCAUCAAAGAGCAUGCCUUUGUCACGUCAGAGUACCCAGUGAUUCUGUCCAUAGAGGACCACUGUAGUGUGGUCCAACAAAGGAACAUGGCUACUCAUUUUAAGAAGGUGUUUGGAGAUCUGCUGCUGACCAAACCAGUGGACCUGAAUGCAGAUGAGCUGCCCUCGCCCUACCAGCUACGCAGGAAGAUACUCAUCAAGCAUAAGAAACUGGUGGAGGGCACUCUGUACGAAGAGGUGACGUCAGCCAGCUACUCUGAGGGUGACAUCAGUAACUCCCUCAGGAAUGGCAUUCUCUACCUGGAAGACCCAAUAGACCACACAUGGACUCCCCACUACUUUGUUCUGAGCAGUAAUAAGAUCUACUACUCAGAGGAGACUUCUCACUACCAGACUGCCGAGGAAGAGGAGGAGGAGGAGGAAGAGGAGGGGGGGAGGGGGAAAGAGGAGUGUAACAACAAUGAGCAGCACUGUGCAGAGCGCUGGUUCCAUGGGAAGCUGGGAGGGGGGCGGGAUGGGAGACAGGUUGCCGAGAAACUGCUGCAGGAGUACUGUGAGGGCGGGGGCAAGGAUGGGACCUUCCUGGUCCGAGAGAGUGAGACCUUCGUAGGAGACUACACUCUCUCCUUCUGGCGAUCUGGGCGUGUGCAGCACUGUAGGAUCCACUCCCGCCAGGAGUCUGGCUCCACCCGCUACUACCUGACUGACAACUUGGUGUUUGACAGCCUGUAUAGACUCAUCUGCCACUACAGAGACACGCCCCUACGCUGCAACGAGUUUGAGAUGAGGCUGGGCAGCCCUGUACCACAGCCCAACGCACACGAGAGCAGAGAGUGGUUCCACUCCAGUCUGUCUCGUGUACAGGCUGAACACAUGUUGAUGAGGGUACCCAGAGAUGGGGCCUACCUGCUCCGCAAACGCAGCGACAUCAACUCCUACGCAAUCUCCUUCAGGGCGGAGGGUAAGAUCAAACACUGUCGUAUCCAGCAGGAGGGCCGUAUGUUCAUGUUGGGUAGCUCAGCAGAGUUUGAGAGUCUGGUUGACUUGGUCAGCUACUAUGAGAAACACCCCCUGUACCGCAAAAUGAGGCUGCGCUACCCCAUCAACGAAGACACACUGGACCGCAUGGGCACCACGGAGCUAGACUAUGGAGCGUUGUAUGAAGUCAGGACCCCACAUUUCUACGUCGAGGCCAACAAGAUGCCCACGGCUCGGUGUACGGUCAAGGCCCUGUAUGACUACAGAGCCCAGAGGGACGAUGAGCUGUGUUUCCCCAAACAGGCCCUCAUCCUCAGCGUGGACAAGCAGGAAGGAGGCUGGUGGCGAGGUGAUUACGGAGGGAAGAAGCAGCUGUGGUUUCCUGCCAACUACGUAGAAGAAGUCCCCAACUCACCCGCCUGCGAGACAGGAGACGAGGCAUCUACAGAGAACAGUCCACUAGGAACAUUUCUCAAGGGCUUCAUCGAUGUGCCCACCUGCCACGUAGUGGUUCAGAAGGAUGGGAAGAGUUCCAGGCCAUAUGUGUUCACUGUCCACUCCCAGCAGAUGUCAAUUCACCCUGGCCAGGCGCUGGACAUUGCUUCAGACACCCUGGAGGACCUGACCGGUUGGGUGGGGAAGAUCAGAGAGGCCACACAGAACGCAGACGCACGGAUGCAGGAAGAGAAGCAGAUGGAGAGGAGGAAGAAAAUCGCGCUGGAGCUCUCUGAGCUGGUGGUCUACUGUAGACCUGUCCCCUUCAACGAAGAGAAGAUCGGGACAGAGCGGGCAUGUUUCCGGGAUAUGUCAUCAUUCCCAGAGACCAAGGCAGAGAAGUUUGCCACGCGGGCAAGAGGGAAGCGCUUCCUGCAGUAUAACCGCCGCCAGCUCUCCCGGGUCUACCCAAGAGGACAGAGACUAGACUCCUCUAACUACGACCCUUUACCCAUGUGGCUCUGUGGAUCCCAGCUGGUUGCUCUCAACUUCCAGACACCUGACAAGCCCAUGCAGUUGAACCAGGCUCUAUUCAUGCUGGGUGGGGGGAGUGGCUUUGUGCUCCAGCCUGACAUCAUGAGGGAUGACGCCUUUGACCCCUUUGACAAGGACACCCUCCGCCUGGAGCCAAUCACCAUCCAGCUACAGGUACUGGGAGCUCGUCACCUACCUAAGAAUGGCCGCAGUAUAGUGUGUCCCUUUGUGGAGGUUGAGGUGUGUGGGGCCGACUACGACUGCAGCAAGAGCAAGACCGACGUCGUGGCUGACAAUGGGUUGAACCCAGUGUGGGUUCAGAGGCAGUUUGUGUUUGACGUCCAUAACCCGUCCUUCUCCUUCCUGCGUUUUUUGGUCUAUGAGGAGGACAUGUUCUCUGACCCCAACUUCCUGGCUCAGGCCAUCUACCCUGUCCGCUCACUAAGAACAGGCUACAGGAGUGUUCCACUAAAGAACAGUUACAGUGAAGAGUUGGAGCUGGCUUCUCUGCUGGUUCACAUUGAGAUUGUCAACGCCAAGGAGGAAGAUGAUCAGAACCUGUACUCGUCCAUCCAAAGGCUGAGAGACCGCACCAGUGAGCUGUCCAAUCAGGUGUCACUUCUGGAGAGGGCGGGGUCAGGAGGUGACCACAGCUACCAGCAGAGUCUGGAGGAGCUGAGAGCAGCACAAGAUCAGCUCAGUGAACUAGUGGAGACACGCAACCACAGGCUGAUUGAGAAGAAGAGGAGGGAGAAGCUGAGGCAGCAGGUGGGGGUCAAGCGCAACUAAAAUGCCCAUCUGACCACCAACCAACCAGUCCCCCUCUACUGCUGCACACUGAUGAUCUUACACCCAUAGAAAGACUAUUCAAUCUACCAAUAACUGGAUUACCCCUGCUAUAAGCACGCAUAGACUACAGAGAGAUGCACAGUGUGUUGGAUAAAAAGAGACAAAAUAAACACUCAUCUCAUGGAACAAAAACCUUCAGAAAUGGAACCUAGAAUGAGAAAAGGGUUAUAAAAGAAUUGUGUUCUGAACAGCGAGGUCAGAUAAACUGAACUGACCUGAGAGUAGCACUGUUCUAAUCUAUAAGGAGAAUACACAGGAUAUGUGUCCCAAAUGGCACCCGAUUCCCUAUACAGUGCACUACCUUUGACCAGGGCCCAUAGGGGUGUGGUGCACUACUGUAGAAUAGGGUGCCAUUUAGGAUACAACCAUAGCCUCUAAGAGAGCAAGGUAAUGUGUCAGAGAGUCAACCAUUAGUAUAGGCGUAAUCCUGACUCAAAAUCUCUCCAUGCUAGAACUGGUCUCACAACUGAAAACUGGAAUAAUAUUAUUUUAUUGACCAGAGGAGCUAUGAGAGCGAGAAUCUACUAUCUUGGCCAUGGCACAAAAAUGGCUAAAGAGAGAAAAAACGACUCAUGGACUGGCUUUUAAAGGGCUUUUAAAUGGGAGCAGGACCAAGUCUAUUCCUCAAAGACUAAAGUCUACUUCUCCUAUCCUGGGGCACAGACUGACUAACAGCAGGGACUGGAGUAUAAUGCCCUCUAGUGGUAGGGAUGUGGUAUUGUUUCCAAAAAUAGACCCCUCUUCCUUUACCUGGGAGAGCACAAACAGGACUUUUAUUACUGUAUUCAUUAGAGACUUACUAACACUGCAUGUCAUAUUGUCAUGUAUUACUUAAAGGGCUUUUCAGUAUACUAUAAUAUACUAAAAUAUACUAUAAUAUAAUACACUACCUUUUAAGGAGCAAGAGGAGAAGCAGAGCAGUAGCGAGAGGGAGAGAGAGAGGGGGAGGGGGGAGGAAGAGGGAGGAAGAGAGAGAGUACCAGAAAUAUAAUUAAUCUCUCACCACAGGACUCUGUCUUGGACCUAUAGGUUUUCUUCAGGUCUGUGUUUACCUGGCUAUGCUGAUCGAAUCAGAGAAACAUGGUGUGGGUCUCAAAUGUCGCCCUGUUCUCUAUAUAGUGCACACCUUUUGACCAGAGCCCCUAAUCAAAAGUAGUGCACUGGGGAAUAGGGUGCCAUUUGGGAUGCAACAAGGGCUAUCUAUAACUUUUACCUUAUUGCAACUUAUCACAUUUACAGAUCCUACCCACCAAGUUGUUGUUAAAGGAAAAAUCCACUCAAAAACUACACUGAGCAAAAAUAUAAAAGCAACAUGCAACAAUUUCAAAGAUUUUACUGAGUGACAGUUCAUAUAAGGAAAUCAGUCAAUUGAAAUAAAUAAAUGAGUCCCUAAUCUAUGGAUUUCACAUGACUGGGCAGGGGUGCAGCCAUGGGUGAGCCUGGGAGAGCAUAGGUCCACCUACUGGGGAGCCAGUCCCAGCCACUCAGAAUGAGUUUUUCCCCACAAAACGGCUUUAUUACAGACAGAAAUACUCAUCAGCAGAAAAUAAGCUUUUUUGUGCGUGUAGAACAUUUCUGGAAUAUUUUAUUUCAGCUUAUGAAACAUGGGACCAACACUUUACAUGUUGUGUUGAAAUUUUUGUUAAGUGUAUAUAUUGGUCUUUUUUCAUUAGUCCACUGUUAAUACAGUCCCAAAAUGUUUUGCAUGUCAUCAGUCAAGUUUUCAACAUAAUGGAAUUUGAAAAAGCACAGUGUCAGUUGCCACAUCAUAUGAUGCUUCUUGGAAAAGGACCCAUAAGUAAGUAUUUCACUGUUAGUCUACACCUGUUGUUGAUGAAGCAUUUGAAAAAUAAAAUGUGAUUUGAUACAGUCCCAAAAUGUUUUUCAUGUCACCAGUCAAGUUUUCAAGAUAUAGGAUUUUCAACAAUGCAGUUAAAGAUAAAUAAUAACAAAUAAGUAUUUAUUUUAGAAAUAGUGGCUAUAUACAGGGAGUAUCAGUACCGAGUUGAUGUGAAGGGGUACGAGGUAAUUGAGGUAGCUACAUAUUCAGUAGGUAGGGAUAAGGUGACUUGGCAACAGGAUAGAUCAUAGACAGUAGCAGGCUGCCAGCAGCGUGUGUGUGUGUGUGUGUUGUGUCAGUGUGCAUGUGUACGGUAAUGUGUAUAUGUGUGUGUUGGGGUGUAAGUAUGUGAGUCAGUGGAGGCUGCUGAAGAGAGGACAGCUCAUAAUAAUGGCUGGAACUGCACAAAUGGAGUGGCAUCAAACCAUGUGUUUGAUAACAUUCCGCUUCAGACAUUACCACGAGCCCGUCCUCCCCAGUUAAGGUGUCGCCAACCUCCUGUGAUGUGAGUGUGUGGGUCCAGUGUGUGUGCAUAGAGUCAGUGCAGGAGAGUUUGUUGAAAAAGAUAUGUGUGUGUUGGGGUGUAAGUAUGUGUGAUUAUCAGUGCAAGAGAGUUGCAAAAUAGGGUCAAAUCAGGUAGUCCGGGUAUUCAUUUGAUUAGCUGUUUAGCAAUCUUGUUUAGGAACCUUAUGGCUUCGGGGUAGAAGCUGUUCAGGGUCCUGUUGUUUCCAGACUUGGUGCACGGUUACCGCUUGCCAUGUGGUAUCAGAGAGAACUGUCUAUGCCUUGGGUGGCUGGAGUCUUUGACAAUUAUUUGGGCCUUCCUCUGACCCUGCCUGGUAUAGAGGUCCUGGAUGGCUGGGAGCUCAGCUCCAGAGAUGUACUAGGCUGUACUCUUCGCCCUCUGUAGAGCCUUGCCGUCGGGUGCCUUGCAGUUGCCGUACCAAGUGGUGAUGCAGCCAGUCAAUAUGUUCUCAAUGGUGCAGCUGUAGAACCUUUUAAGGAUCUGAGGGCCCGUGCCAAAUCUUUUAAGCUUCCUGAGGGGGAAAAGGCGCUGUCGUGCCCUCUUCACAACUGUGUUGGUGUGUGUGGACCAUGUUUAAAUCCUUAAUUCCUUAAUAUCAAAAGUGGACUAAUGAUAGUUUUUGAGUGGAUUGUUCUGGGGUCAGGUCAGGUUUUGUUAGCAUUUCUAAUCAAAGGGGGCUGAUUAAUCUGACUUCUAAUCUGUUGUUUGGGGGGCAACUGCUACCCACACAACGCUUCAACCUCUGCGUCCCAAUUGGCACCUUAUUACCUUCACAGUGCAUUGUCUUUCAAAACUAGAGCACUAUAGGGAAUAGGGUGUCAUUUGGGAUGCAUACCCUGUCUUUCUCUAUUCUUCCCUCUUUUCCCCUCCUGUCCAUCUCCAUCAGUUUCUUUAUCUACUAAUUCUUAAUUGUAUGUACCUGUUUUAUUUAUCACACAGGUAUACUGUCAGAACCUGUUUUAAAAAAAGAAAGAACAUAUAGAUAAUAUAUGAUAAUGGACUUCAGAGCAGGCUGAAGAUACUGUAGCUUACUUUAUAUCUGUAAAAAAUUGAAAUUGUGUACCUAGCUGAAAUAAAUGUCCCCAUUCCUCUCUUCUCCCCUACUUUACGUUGUAGUUUGAACAGGUGAAACAGCGUCCACUGGUGGCUGUUCAGGCUAACUACAAUGCACCUUCUAGGCCUAGGGGCUUCUAUGUCAAACUCGCCAAUAUCUCUCUGUAUCUAUAUGCUGACUGUCCAGUAUUAUUACUCUGUUAUUAAAACCAUGUGUAAGUUUCCAUUUAAAAUAAAGCAGUUUCAGGUAGAUACUCAUAA